ACGGCGCGCACAUGAGCCCAAGCCUUCCCACCGGCGUGGGGCCGGUCUGGGUGCAGUAAUCGAUCGCCCCCUCGAGGUCGACAAUCACGCAGAUCAUGACACGGAUGUUGCGUCUGGUCGCAGAACCUUGUACGAUGAUAGCCUGGCAGGCAGGUCUCGUGCCGGCUGCGCUUCUAACCCCUGCCCAGCAUUCACUGCUGCUGUUAUACUAUCAGUGCGCCUGCGUCGGACGUGCUACUUCGCUGAGUCUUCCAUGGCAUUCGCAAUGCAAUACCGUCCGCGCUGGCGCCGUCAGAGACACUGCAAGCUACAAAGCACGCUUGGGUGCCCUUGGGAACCCAGCCUGCGCCCACCGCACCCUUGCGAUAUGUGGUGAUCCACGCCUUUGAUAAUGCCGGAUAAUGAGCCUUCUGGCCUGAACAUUCACCCGAAUAGUGCGAACGAGGCUCCAGUUGACAGUUGCGAGACUGCCACCAGGCGCCUGCGAGGUGUUGGGGGACGUGUGCCCUUACAUACCCGCCACGCCCCCAAGCUACUUAUUGGGCCUG